CUUGUAGGUAAAAGUAUAUAAUAUUGCAAUUCUGGAUCAUGCUCUUGUAUGAUAUAAUAUUCUACUGCUGUGCAUAUUUUUCCAGAUAUACGGAGUCAGAAUCUUAUUGGUUGAAUCACCCUCUUACAGGUCAACUUUGUUUCUGCACAUGGCGAAGAAAACCACAAACCCUAGUUUUGGUAAUUUGAUUGAAUCAGUACUGUUUGAGUUAUGAUUAACUUGUGCAUUAUAGCCCCAAGGGUUAGUCCGGUUGGUUAGUGGGUUUGCUAUUUUGCUCCCCACACAAUUAACCAGGGUACGAUUCUUGGGGUUAGGCCGCAAGAAAGAAAUUUCUUGUGAAUUUCCUAGUUCUGGCAUGGAUGGCCUGUCUUUGACCGGACCAGGAAGCGAGUUAGUUGAGGUGGGCGUAAGUUGGCCAGACACCCCUGGCGGUUGAACCAAUAAAAAAAAGAACUAUCUUGAGAUAUUUUUCCUGAUUCUUGUAAUGUAAGGCGUAACUAUCUAUUGUUUUUGUUUUUGUUGUUUAGUGCAAUUGCUACCUUAGUUGAGAGAUUGUGACCAGAGAAGUAUUUGGGGCCUAAAUGUUCAAAUUGCUGAAGAAUACCUAAAUGUUUAAUGAAAACUCUGUGCAGUAAGGGAGGUGUAGGUGGCACAAACACCACAAAUGGGACGGGUCAAUUUCAGGAGCCACUGAUAAGCGAAUUCACCUUCGAUGUAAAAUUCACUGAUUUCAUCGAUGUAGAUUCAACUGCUUUCAUUAGCUGCCAUGCCUCUACAAUUGUGGAGGUUGAUAAAGAUCAUUUUUUGGUGGCUUAUUUUGGGGGUUCAUAUGAAGGAGCACCUGACGUCAAAAUUUGGUUACAAACGUAUAAGGAUGGUCAUUGGGACGAUCCCGUUAUUGCUGAUGAAGAAACUGAUACCCCACUGUGGAACCCAGUUCUGUUUAAGCUCCCGUCCAAUGAGGUGCUUUUGUUCUAUAAAAUUGGCAGGGACUUCCAAAGAUGGAGUGGAUUCAUGAAGCGGUCCUACGAUAAAGGUAUCACUUGGACAGCUAGAGAACAGCUUCCUCCCGGUAUUUUUGGACCAAUCAAGAAUAAGCCCAUAUUGCUGGAAAAUGGCAACUUGCUAUGUGGAUCGUCAGUAGAAAGUUGGAAUUCGUGGGGAGCUUGGGUCGAGAUGACACCUGAUGGUGGUCGGACGUGGAGAAAGUAUGGACCAAUAUAUAUUGAGGAUGAGCCUUUCAGCGUGAUCCAACCAGUUCCAUACAAGACUGCAAAUGGGACCUUGCGUCUUCUGUUGAGAUCCUCUUACGGAAUAGAUAGAGUUUGUAUGGCGGAGUCCCUUGAUGGUGGCCUAAGCUGGGGUUAUGCAAAACCUACUUUACUACCCAAUCCAAACUCAGGGAUUGAUGGAGUAAAGUUAAUGGAUGGUCGCCUCCUACUUGCUUACAAUACGGACUCCAGGGGAACUCUCAAAGUUGCCUUGUCACCUGACGACGGGGACACCUGGCAAGAGGCCUUGACAUUGGAGGAUACAAUGGGAAAGGAAUUCUCUUAUCCGGCUGUUAUACAAGCUAGUGACGGAUUAGUUCACAUCACUUAUACAUACAACAGGAUUCAGAUUAAGCAUGUUGUUCUUGACCCAAACUGACAGUUGAGCAUAUCGAUCGACUCCAGAACUUUUUAUCAAAGAAGAGGUUUUCAACAAUUGGAGCUAAACCCGGCAUAUCAUAUUAUUUGAUUCGUGUCUUUCGGAGAAUUAUCAUGGUUCUCCAACUCAUGCAGAUGUAAACUGCAAGAUUGUAAAAAGGGGAUUAUACCCAAUGCACGUGUCUUCCGCUACUGUAAGGAUCUGGGAAGGGCCGGGUGUAACCUACAAGUGUGAGAAGAGGAAGAAAAGACGCAAGUCGUGUCCAUAAGUUACCCUUUGUUCAUUUCAUAUAUCUGCUUCUUUUUUACAUUGUUGUUUCCUUUUGUACAGUAUAUAUUUCUCAACCGAAGCACCAAAAUGAGGCUUGUAUAGAAAUUGUACGAGGGUUCUAAGUAGUUGAGGGAAUCAGUUAAAUGAGGGUUAUGUGAAAUACUGGAUGUACAUGUUUACCCCUCAGUACAAAUGAAACCAGGGGUUAUUUUCUUAUACAUAGUUGAAUGUCAUUUGUCUAUUUUGGGAAA